ACCAUACAAUUAAUAUUACAGAACUAUAGUAUUUAUGUUACUCAAAGUCUACCUGUAUGGAAAUUUCCCUUCAUCAUAUACCCACAACUACCCUAUAAUUAAACUCGGAUGAGAUAAUUAAUCUGGUGACACCCAGGGAAUCCCUUCGCUAGGACUAUCAGACUUGGGCUGCAAACUCGACAGUACUAAUGACAAGAUAGCAGAGAACAUUUUGCUGCCAUUUAGUGAUCACCAGAUCUUGGGAGCCCUGUUCUGAUAGGCUUAAGUGUGAAUGUGAACUCUGUUUUUCUACUCUUAGUCCACCACUGUCUCUCCCCAUAGCACAAAGUGAGAAAACAGAUUUAAUUAAGUAAACCUAAUUACAGGUGAAUAUAUUAUGACGUAGUGAGUUCUGAACUCAGUCAACUGUCAUUUAUUCAAGAACUGAUGGUUCAAUUAACCAUUGCUUGCUAUGAUAUGGGACCGGUCACUAAGUUCAAGAGUUUUAGGUAAUGAAGUAUCACCUUUGUGUGGAUUAUGAAAAAAACUGAUUUAUUGUUGAUUUUAAUAAGAAUUGUUUUGUGACUUUUUUCCUUUCUUGCAGGAGAUUACAAGCACUGAUAAUCGCAUAAAGCAAAUGUAGAGUGAAAUGGUGGAAUAAAAAAUAUGUCUGCUGAGCUAACAGACUGCAGAACAUGGGGAUUCUUCCAGAAGAGGUGAUGGACAAUAGCACUGAGGACUGCAACAUUAAUCAUGAAAUACACCAGAAAUUGUCACCUGUGGUAUAUAUACUUGUCUUUGUAGUAGGACUCCCAGCCAAUUGUCUCUCGUUGUACUAUGCUUACUUGCAAGUUAAGGUCAAGAAUGAAUUAGGAAUAUACCUUUGCAAUCUAACCGUAGCUGAUCUGCUUUACAUUUUCUCUCUACCUUUUUGGCUCCAGUAUGUUUUGCAGCACGACAACUGGACUUACAAUGAACUCUUGUGCAAAAUUUGUGGCAUCCUCCUUUAUGAAAACAUUUAUAUCAGUGUGGGUUUUCUCUGCUGUAUCUCCGUUGACCGUUAUCUUGCAUUGGUGCAUCCUUUUCGUUUCCAACAGUGUCGUACAAUGAAGGCUGCUGUGAUAGUGAGCAUUGUCAUCUGGACUAAAGAGAUGAUUACUUGUUGGCUGGUUUUUAAACAUGGAGAAGUGAGUAAAGACUCGGAGAGACACUUAGUGUGCUUUGAACAUUAUCCCAUAAAAAUCUGGGAACAUAACAUAAACUUUUACCGUUGCACAGCUGGUUUCCUAUUUCCAUUUUGCCUCCUUAUUUUUUCCUACUAUGGAAUUCUACGUGUUGUCCGUAAGAGUCAUGGCACUCAGAAAAAGAGGAAAAUUCAAAUUAAACGCCUAGUUUCAAGCACAAUCUUAAUUUUCUUAAUUUGCUUUGGACCGUAUCAUGUUCUUUUGUUAAUACGCAGCCUAUUUGAGAAGAGCUGUGAAUUUGCUGCCAGAAUCUUUAACAUCUAUCAUUUUUCUCUUUUAUUGACUACUUUUAAUUGUGUUGCAGAUCCCAUACUAUAUUGCUUUACAAGUGAAAAUACCUACCAGGAUUUUGUCAAAAUGGGACGAUCUUGUUUAAAAUGCCUAAGAUGUAUUCCAAUAGAAAACAAGGAAUCCUAUCCAUUAAAUACUCCAGAAACCAGGAAAAAAGACAACGAACAAGCUGAUCUGGACACAGGAUUGGUUAAAUAAAUUCUAUGUUAUUCAUAAAAUAGAAGUAUGAACUCAUUCUCUCCAAAAUAGUGAUGUAACUUCUCCAUGCACAGAUUGCUUACUUCACUUUUUUACAUCUAAAUGUAGAUAUGAGAAUCAUUACA